AUGGGAGCUCGGAUGCGAUGGACCACUACUCUUCAUGGCUGUUUCGUUCACGCGGUCGAAUUGCUCGGUGGCCUUGAAAGAGCAAAACCCAAAUCAGUUCUUAAACUUGUCAAGUAUCUCACGUUGGCUCACGUUAUUUGUGUCACUGUUGCCAUGUCUACCCCAACUCCAGUUUUGACGAUCAACAGCCCGGAUGGGGACCUGAUCGUCUGCGUGAAGAUAAACGAUCAACUUGCUCUUCAACAUCCUCUCCUGCAAAAACACAAAAUCCAGGAAACACCAACUGGUCAUAUGGUACAAAAAGAAGAAAAUUCUGCUUGGCAAGUGUGGCACAGGAGGAGUAGAGCGUGUCCCCGAGGAUCUAUUCCUGUAAGAAGGUCUGAAGACACCCUUUUUCAGAAGAAUGAGACAGUUUCUCCCAAUGCCGCUGCAGAUAGAGCCACUCGUGGACACCAGUAUGCAACCGCGUACGUCAACAGCAAACCGAAAAUUUAUGGUACCAAAGCUACCAUAAAUGUCUGGGAUCCGAUCGUUCAGGCAUCGGGCGACUUUAGUUUAGCCCAGAUUUGGCUCUCGUCAGGAAGUUACGAGACCAACGACCUCAACACCAUUGAGGUGGGUUGGCAGGUUUUCCCGAGUAAGUAUGGUGAUGCCCAACCACGACUGUUUACAUAUUGGACUACAGAUGCAUAUUAUUCGGGAUGCUACAGCCUCCGUUGCCCAGGGUUCUUGCAGACGAGUAGCAGGAUCGCAUUGGAGGCUGCCAUUAGCCGCACGUCCACCUAUGGAGGCGACCAGUCUGGUAUCACCAUCCAGAUUUGGAAGGAUCCUAUAUCUGGCAACUGGUGGUUGGCUGUUGGGGUCGUCACUUUUGAACCGGUCGGGUAUUGGCCGGCCGAGCUAUUCACCAAUAUGUCUGACCAUGCAACAAUGGUAGAGUGGGGCGGAGAGAUCUUAUCAAACAUCUCUGGCCUGAGCACAAUAACCCAGAUGGGAUCCGGGGAGUAUGCUGAGAAAGGUUACAGAAAAUCUGCCUAUUUCUGUAACCUCAGCAUCGCCGAAGAACCCAAUUCCCUUCAACCAGUGGAUGAUUUCAACAUGCAAGCAGACCACAAAGAUUUGUAUACAAUAACGAAGUCGAACACAGAAGCUUGUGGCAAUCACUUCUAUUUUGGGGGUCCUGGUUAUGGACAUGUGCGUUCGACAGCGGUUCGUGGAGCAGCUUCUCUUGUUCUCUUGUUUUCUACAGUUUUUUUAGUUUUAUGGUUUUUGUGAU